AUGAGUGAUCAUAUUACUGAAACCAAUAUUAACUCAUUCAAACAGCUUCUCAUUCAUCAGUCUCUUAUCGACGAACUCACUGGAUGUCUUAUCGAAAUUGCAACAAAUGGGAAAUAUUUACAAGAUGUUCAGAUAAAUGCUGUCGAUUCUACGAUCAAAGCCAUUAAUAAACUUUCUAGACGUCGACUUGAUAUUCAAAAUAAUCCCUUAUUCGAAUUACUUUUGAACGGCACAGUUCAAUGUGUAUGUUCACCAUUUUUUGUUAAUAUAUUUAAACAAGUAACUGAACUAAUUGAACUCAAUGAUACACAAGAAUUAUUGCUGAAUACGUGUACCGAUUAUAUUGUUUGCUAUGAAGGUAAUCGUCGUCAUGAGAUAUUUUCUAUUGUUCGUACAAUUCUAUUGAAACCUUUUACACAAUGGUUACAACAACAUACAUCAUCUUUUCGACAAUGGAAUAGAAUAACCAAAAAUUCUUUUGAUAAACUCGGUGGUAUUAUAUUCGAUUUUGGUUCGCAUAAUGAGAAAAUCAUCGGUAAAGAAAUAUACGAUGAUUGUUGUAAAGCUAUUGAUUGUUAUAUUGUCAUUUUAUCCACAUUAUCCAAUAAUAUAAAUACGAUUGAUGAAUCAACUGUCGAUUUGAUAGGAAUUUGUAUGUUUCAUUUAUAUGCAUUGACAUUAGAACAGAGUCUACAUGAUUAUAUUAAAAGUCAACAAUUAUCUUCAAUAUUGUUACGAUUGAUCAAUAUUGACAAUGAAGAAACACAGUUUAAUGCUUAUCGUAUACUAGCUUCAAUUAUGACCGAACAAGAUAUUAAAAUGUUAGCAAAUCCGAGCAAAAUUGCAAACGUCUUUAUUACAUUUCUCAUCGAUGUAAUUGAUAAUACGAGAAAAAUUCGGCGACUUCGAAAUCUACUUCAUUGUCUCAAGAGUUUAGUUCAACAUGAUCAAAUCAAAGAAGAAUUGACUAAACAAGGCAUAUUACCUUAUCUUCUUCAAUGUGCUACAGAAACAAAAUUCGAUCCUAUAAAAGAACAACAACCGACACUCGAAAUUCUUCUUGCAUUAACAUUUCAUGAUCAAGCAGCGAUAUUACUUAAGAAAAAUUCACAAUUCAUCUCACAUCUUCAUACAUUGAUUAAUUCAUCAUCUGAACAAGGUUUACGACGAGCUGCCGAAGGUCUAAUUUGGAAAUUGGAAAAAGAAGAAACAGCAACUGACAAGUUAGUCACCAUGUCGAUGACAAAGGAUGUUCGUAAUUAUAAAUAUGAUAUUAUGCUGAGCUAUUCUCAUCGUGACAGAGAUCUUUGCCAUCGAAUUUGUGAUCGUCUAGUGAAAGAUAACUUUCGUGUAUGGCUUGAUAGAGAUCAAAUGCAUGGAUCGACUAUGGUUGCCAUGGCUGAUGCUAUUGAAAAUGCAGAAUUUGUCUUCGUGUGCAUGUCGGAUGCCUAUAAACAAAGUGCUUACUGUCAAUCCGAAGCUCAAUAUGCCUAUGAACGUCAAUGUUACUUGAUACCAAUUGUGAUGAAACAAAACUAUCGACCUGAUGGAUGGCUAGGUAUUUUAGUCAGUGGAAAAGUCUAUGUAGAUUUUCCUAAACUCGGAUUCGAUCAAGUCUAUCUCAAAUUGAAAAAUGAAAUCGAUCGCCAUAGGACGAACUUGAAUCUUUCAAUCAGAAAUCAAGAACAACAUCAACAUGAAUUACUUACGAUAGCAACAUCUGAAAAAACAAUCGAAACGAUAACAAAUCAAUCAGAUGAACAACCAACAACAACAACAACGAAAGAAUUACCACAUUGUAUCGAUCAAUGGACAAAAGAUCAUGUCAAAUCGUUUCUUUGCAACAAAAAUCUCGAAAGUCUCCUUCCAGUAUUUGCCAAUAUGAAUGGGCGUCUACUCCAUCAAAUAUAUACAAUGUGCAUUACGAAUAGAGAAUCAAUGUUCCAAAAAUUAAAAGAUGAAGUAUCUGCUGAUAGCCAACAGAAACCCUUGACUUUAAAUACUUAUCUUUGUUUUCUGGAUGAAAUUCAACAAUAUAUCCCUCAGGUGCCUGGUAAUCAUUCGUCAACUUCUGUCAUUUGUAUUUUAAUGUAGACAAUCUAGUUCAGAACAAUAAAUAUGUUGUAACAAACAAAAACUAUUCUCUGUUGAGAAGAAUAUUAUGAUGUUUCAUACUGUUCAAUUUGCACUUGUUCUCACUCCUGAUUAGACAUCGGCGUGACCAAAAUGUCGUGAUCAAAGAAAAAAAAAGUUAUUCGAUUAUAGUUUCAAUAGUAAAUGUGAGAACCGAAA